AUGCCGAUGAGGUACAAGCCACUACGACAGGGGCGUGUCGAGAUCCGCCUAUUGGAGUUGGUGUCAACAAAAGACGCAACUAGGCUCUGCUUUCGGCUGCAUCGAACAAGGAUAGAAGACGCCCCGAGAUUCUGGGCAUUGUCAUAUGCAUGGGGAGAUGGCAAGGACAAGUUGCCCAUCUUUAUCGACAACCACACGUUCUUCAUAUCUCGCAGUUUAUGGAUGAUAUUAUGGAACCAUAUAAGGCUUAUCGAACACGUCCUUGAGCACAAACUGGACGUACCAAACUACGAGGUCCGGUAUUUAUGGGUGGACUCUAUCUGCAUCAAUCAAGAUGAUUUAGAGGAACGUCGUCAGCAGGUCCUAAUAAUGGACAGGAUUUAUAGUAAGGGAAUAGUCGGCGUAUUCAUCGAUAAUGAUGACAAGGCGGUCGCUCAUACUAUAGCUGCUCUUUCGUCUAAAUACGGCUCUACGCAAAAUGGACUGGGUCCACCCAAACGUGCAUAUGGUGCACAUCCGGAAGAGAAUCAAAUCAGCAUUUCAGAGAUGGAGUGGAGCGCUCUACAUAACUUCUUUUCGAAAGCGUGGUUCAAACGCGUGUGGGUAAUUCAAGAGUUCUUUCUGUCCAAGUUGCAGGACAGUAUGAUGCAAAUACACACGCUUUCUCUUCAACAUCUCAAUGUGUAUCUUUUGGCAACUCGGGUGUUCGAGACACAUCCGCAAGGUCUCACAGGCUCCCAGAAGGCAGAAAUGUUUCAGGGAAUUAAAGAGUACAUGUCUCUGAUGGAAUUAAAGAUUGACCUCCAGCAAAAUCUCCAUAACAAACGCCCCCCUGGUAUUUUUCUCACCCUCCUCUGGAUGUUUAGAGAUAGGUUAUCGACAGAUCCGAGAGACAAGAUCUACGCAUUACUCGGGUUGUUUCAGAGCUUAGAAGCGGAAGUUCCCUCCAGUUCUCUUGCCAGUCCUGCAGAACUCGACAUCAACCACGUUAUUGUUGACUAUGGAGCCGAAGUAGAGAAUGUCUAUGCUAGUGUGGUCAGAGCCAUGGUCUUGGGCACCCAGUCCCUGAAUAUUCUAUGUGCUUGUCAGACGCCAAGUACCCUAAAGAGGUCCUGGAUUCCGAAUUGGGCAGAGUCAUGGCAGCGAUUCAGCCUCCUGACUCGCAAUGUACAUCGACAUCUGGGGCCGCCUGGCAAACCACAAAAUCGUCAAUUUUACAGAGCCUCGGCCUCUCGUGUUGCAUCGGCUACAUUUUCUAAUGAUCUUGAAAGGCUUACAGUCACCAGAAUUUGUCAUGGCCGGAUCAUACAUUUGAUAGAGCCCCCUCCGUGCACACAACUGAAGGACGCACCCUCUCUUCACUGGCUAAUAUCGGCGCUCGACAAUCUACCCGCGAAUAUCCAACAGUUGAUAGCCGAUGCUUACAACCAAUUCCACCAUUCGGUAGAUUCGGAUUCAGGAGCUUUCAUAGAUCAUAUUAUCGCAGACUGGGCUAAUGGUAUGACUGGUGGGUUGGCUUACGUGGAUGAAUCCCGCGCAUAUAACCCUGCGUACUAUUAUGAGAACAUGGAUCUCGACUGGCAUGACCUAGCGCGGACGUAUAUACGCAGAGGGAAAGAUGGAAGUGAUGAAGCUUCUCGGGACUUGAGGUUUUACCAACUCGCUCACAAGCGGAAGUUAUUCGUGGACGAGACUGGACACUUUGGUCUGACAUCUGACUUUACAGAGGUAGGUGACAUAGCGAAGACAAGUAUUCAGUCAUUGGGGAAGCUUAUGUUCAUCACCUUAUGA